UUGCCACCGCGAAAUCCCAUUCAAGAAGACCAGAGACAUUCGGCGAAAUGCGAGGCAGGUUCGUCGGCAGCUGGCGAGUUUCAGUUUUUCAGUUGCUAUUCAAUCGCCUCCGUGAGUAAACGUAUUGCUGCGAGACGUCUCGCGAGUCUGGGUCUAACCGUACUGCCUAGGGCUAAAGUGUGUGCUCUUCGAGGGUGAUUCUGGACGUUUGGUUUGGUUCUGGUGAAGUGGAAGUGUUGAAGGACGUUGUGGUAACGUCACGGUGACUCCUGUGCGACCUUUUGGUGAAAAUUGCGAGUGUGCCAGAUUUUUUUUUUUUAAUUCAAAAAACGGUUUGUGCUUAAGGAGAAAGAGGUCCAAUUGACUUGUGCAUUGGAGAUUUAAUUGAACAAAACUGUGGCUUUUUUGUCAUCUGCCGAAGGUUUCUGGCUAUAUACAGUGUUUGUGCCUUCUGUCGAUUCGCAAUUGCUGAUUGGGUUUUGCGGUGUUGAGACAAAAGCUGAAGAAUCUCCAUCUGAGAAACUGUUGAUUAUGCAAACUUUGGAAGAAAUCUGAGGACAGAUUCUUCAAAGUAUUUCCAUAGUUUAUGAUACCUUGGAAGAAAUUUCUCCGCAAUUUUAGAAUCGCAUGAGGAUCGUCAAUUUGUGCCAUUUGUUGGAGAAUGUGACGAAAGAGAAGGCAUCUAUUUUGUGCAAAUAAGACGAUCACUGUGCGUCUCUAAUUAACCUUUGGCGUCGCGUAAUUGGCCCACGGUUGGCAUAAUGGGAACAAAAUCACCGGGAACACCGCAGAGAUGCCGCCUCAUCCUCAACCAGUGUCUGGCCAUUCAACUGAGUCGUCCCGGAAAUACACCAGAAGACUUUUGGAUGUACGAUUCGGGCUACAUGAUAUUCCAGAACUUCCUCGCUGCAAAUGCCCAAUGCUGGUGGAAUGGGCCUCUGACUGCUGCCACAAGAGCCCUCAAGUAUAUCGGACACGUCUCUCCUGGAAUCCUACUCGUGACGGCGGAACCUUGUGCCUUGGAGGUGUUACGAGGCGCUUAUGCCAGGAGUGUCUUGAAACCACCCCCAACCUAUGUCAUCAGCUCUGUCGGCGACAUUGAUGACUGCAUUCUUACGCCAAUCGUCAAGGGGCAGUUUACACCCCUACCGGAAGCCCUCUGCGACGUCAUCAUGGAUCUCACAUCCCAAGGACAAUCAGCCACAAUUGAGAAUGUGAAGAUAAAGCUAACAAUUAGGUUUCCUCAUAUGCAAACACCUUCCAUUGAAGUGAUCUACGACACUCUUGUUCAGUUGAUGCAGGAGAGAAAAAUCUACCAAACAGCAAAGGGAUACUUUAUCGUAACGCCAGAACGUCGAAGAAGUCGAUCUCGACCACGGGAUCAUCGAUCUUUGGACGAAACUUACGAAGAUGAACCUCAAGAAGCACGGACCAUUCUUCUAACCAAUUCCGAGGCCCUUCACAAUCUCUAUGGAGAGAUAUCUACAGAGAGGGAUGGCGACUUGACUCACCAAUGCAUUCAGACUAAUUUGGCGGAUGUUAUCUGCGGUGGGAAUCCCAAUGACAAGAUUAUGUAUGCAAGAAGUUCCAAGCGUCGAAGUGCCUCAUUUCCAGCACCAAGAAGUCUCGAGAGGCGCCACAGUAUGAGACUUUUUGGCUCCUCCAAACGACUUCAGAGAUGUUCCUCAACAAGAAGCCUCACGAAGACGUACGCCCUGACUGUGACAGCCGAUAGCAGCAGCUCGGAGAACCAAAGCACAGACUCCUCGUCGCCGAAGAAGGGCUCUCUGCUGUCACGACUCUUCCGGCGCAGUGGUCGAUCGAAGCAGCGUCAGAUCGAGACUUUCUCAGCACAAUUUCCGCCUCUGGAGUGGUUUAACUCGCGCGCCGUUCACCUUCACAGUGUUGGCACGCAAACCACUGAUCACGAUGUCCCGAUGACGCACACUCUGUCCAAUUCGACAUUUUACGACGGAUCGGAGCUGAGUCAGCGAUCAUCCACCCUGCCUCGACGCCAUAGGCGACACAUGUCCAGUGAGUCCACCUUCCUCAUCUGGUCACGGGACUGCUCACCGAUCAGACGGCGAUCACCGGCCUAUUGCAGUGGCAGCCUCCCUAGAUCCACACAUUCAAUCCCGUCGUCAGUCAAGCCUACGGCAAAGUCCCUAGCGUCCAAAAGCGUCCUCGAUGAACAGAAUCAACGGGCAAAGACGAAACAGAGGAUCGACAGCGAUCCUCGACACUUCAGACACCUCCACAGCGGACCAUCAAGUAUCGAAAGUGGGAAAACGUCCCUCCUCUCCGGACCCUCGAGCAUCGACAGCGGGAAAAUGACCCUAAGUCGAACAAGUGGACACUCCAGCCUAGACUCACAAGCUUCGACAACUUCAACACGACCUCCCAAGGUGAGCAUUUCUCCAAGAUCCUCACCCAGCCAUCAGAAAGUGAAACCCCACCUGCGUCAAACAACAUCAACGGGAAGUUCAACGAAGGGUGAAGAGGUACCUGUGAGCCGCGUUACCAGCUCUACGUCCAACAACUCCAUCACUCUUCAAGUUACCACAUCGGGGAAUGUCGCAACACCACCCAGCACCAAGAUCUUCGUGCAGAAUUCACCUGUUCGCAGUGUGAUCACACUGGAAAACGGUAAACUCUGCGACAACCCCAAUGUGUUCAUCAUAAACAAUGAGACUGUGAAGAAUGCCAAUGGAGAACUCAUCCAGAGGCACCUCACGAAGAUCCCUCCACCUCUGGAGACUCAGUUCGAUGACUCCGAAACUGGGGAUUCCCUGUCACUGAUCAGCGAGAAUUCACCAAAUUCCAGUGUUACACCGCUCAUCAAUGAGAUCCUAGAUGCUGAGAGCACAAAGUUCACCAAGAACGUCAAUAAUGACGCAACAAUGAAUAACAGCCGCAAAAUGGGAAACCUCGGUACUCAAAACGGCAGUAACAUUGUGUACAAGAACGUUCUGAAGAGCAAUGAGUCUGACCCUACGUCUCCCGUAAACAAUAAAAACGUCUUCAGGUUUAGUGACGAAGUGGCAGGAUCAAUGGGAAACCUGAGAAUCGUAGACAAACUAAAUUCCCACUGCGAUCUCAAGAAUCUCCAGAUUGACCGGAAAGGUCUAACUUCGAGCCCUGCCAUUAAUACCGACUCCCUGGCGCACAUUCUGCAGAAGAAUAUCGUGGCAGUGGGAAGUGAACCUAACCUCGUUGCCAAGAAUACCGAGUGCAAGAAAGUCCUAGACAAGAGCAAUAUCGACAAAGAGCCCCUAGAUCGGCGAUUGAGCCUAUCGAAGGAAACCGCAGGGACCACGUCCGGAGACUUGUACAAUUUUCCCAGUCUCACAGAUCUGAGCUUCAACUUCACAUCGUUGGCCGCUCAGAAGAUCCUCCAGGGCGUCAGUAUCAACAGCAUCGACACACUCGUGGAGCUCAAUAUGGCCAAUACACAGGACAAGAGCAAAUCUAGCCACCUACCUUCCCUCUGCACAGACUACGGCAUGAUCUGAGCUAUCCACGAUCCCACGACCAAGUGCCAAAUGCUACAUCUAUAUAUAAAUAUAUACAAAAAAUUCUAAUGCGUAUUCUAACUGUACUCUCGCAGACGAGGAGAGACCAACUAAUCCCAUAACCUCGUAGAAUAUUCCUCAAUACUUAUGAAAUUUAUAUAACUCCUUUUUAAAUAUUAUUAUGAAAUGUAUAAAAAUAUAAACCAUGGAGGUUAAUUUGCAAUUAAGUAGCACUAAUUACUAAUAAACUUAUUAAAUACAAGCUUCUCUACAUUUAUACUGA